AUGCUUCACCACCAUAACAUGUAUCUUAUGUACCUUUAUCCGCUUCCUUUUCUCAAUUCUUUCCUACAUUAUCUCUCUCCGUCGGUGACUAACGUUCGAGCUGUUGCUGGUGAUCGACGAAUGACAAAGGAGCAGCAGUCGAUGACCAGUCCUAAUUUACCUCCAACAACGUCGGUUGAAGGAGUCCUGAGCAUCUAUUGUUUCCGAUUUGGGGGUGUUUCAGAGAUAGCUACCCAAAUCCGUUCAAGGAGACGAACGAUUGAUUUAGGCCCGUCGAUUAGCAAUGGAGGUUCGAUAACUGGAUUCAUCAAAGGCAAAUUACUAUUCGGAAUCGUAGUUCAAGUGCUCCUAGAAAUACCAAUGUUUGGUGGAGCAGUUUCCGCUACUUUCCCACUUAGGUUGGAGGAUGUGAGCAAUAUGUUUGUGGACCCUACACGUGAUGGAAGCCUGAUAUUUGACCUGUUAGAAUUGAAACAUGUUGUUGAAGACAAUGGAAGUGGUACCUGGUUUUUACAAGACCUUGCUAGAGAAGAAGGCGCUGAGGGCAAUAUUGCCAUCUCUAAUGCAAGACAAGGAAGAGAAGCACAAAAUCUAGUGAAUGUCUGCUUUAUAAUUUCAUAAUCCAAUCUACCAUUAAAUUGCUUUUUAAAUAAUGUCA